ACAACGAAUGGAUCUAUAAGAGAUCCUGAUGUGAUCAAUUUUUAGUCAGUAUUCAGAUUAUCUGCUAAUGCGCUUGACGCUAUCGAUCAAACAUGCAGAUUGUGAAAGUGAUAUUACUGUUAUUUGUCUUAAGUUGUGCCCUUGACAUCCGAGUAUCAGGGAGUUUUAAAACAUUUUGGAUCAAGUUGUGGACACCCAGCGAGACCCCCAAAUGGACAGAUCAUUGUGACCGUAACUGCAGAGCAGUUUGCAUCGAGCAAUUCAAUAAUGGUGAUUACAGUAUUGGAUCAAAAUGCAAUAAAGAUGGCUGGUGUGUUUGCAAGACAAGCGGCGGCUCCCACGUAGUUGCGAAUACAUUAUUAUCGUCUAUUUGUUUUUACUUGCUGUACAAAUUCUAUUAAUACUCGACAUCCGAAAGCAUCUACCCUAUGAAAGUUACAUUCGGCGGCUGAACAGUGUGACAUUUGAAGAAUCUGAAUGCAGAGGAUGGUGGAGUAGCAUAAUUAUGGCUGUUCAUUUAGCAACAUUUUUAAUGAUUAUCCAGGAAAAAAGGAGGAAAAAGAAAUGAAAUGAAUAAAUUAUGAGAAUACAUUUUCUCGAUUUUUAUCGUAA